GCCCUAAGCAGGCACCUUUAACCCUGAGCGUGCUCGCUGGCGACCUCCAGAGGGCUAGGAUGGUUUGGGGCCGGUGUGAUAGAGGAUUCUUCUAGUUUUAACGACUCUAUUUGCAUAACGGAGAUCUCGUUUCCUCCCAGUGCUUUUCUUCUUUUCUUCCCCGGUCCCCUGCACCCACAUCUGCCAGACUCUCACUGCUCCCCAGAAGACCUCUUCUCCGGGCACUCAUUCGGAACUUGAAUCCUGGGCUCUUUUUUUUUCCCCCAGCCCGGUGAGGUCUGGAGGCACCUGGAGGAGUGGAGUUCAGGACCAGGCUGUGCUGGGGAGCCGCCCUGGCACUGCCCAACCCUAACAAAGGGAAUAGGGUUGCCGGCCGCGCUGUGGACUCAGCGGCGGGCGCUUUCCCAGCUGAGAGCGUUGCAAGCAGGGGUAGAGCCAACUGUGCCACGCUCAGCAGCCAGUGUCCCAGAGAGAAGCAGUCAGUGCCUGGGAAGGCAACUGAAAUAAACUGGCCCCCUUGAGCCUUUCCCAAUACCUGGGACCUGCUUUCCAUCCCAAUCCUGAGAUCACACAGAGGCAGAGUCACUGGAGGCCAAAGGGUUUGAUUUGCCACCGCAGAGCUUCCAGAAUCUUCCAUUUUCUCCAUUGCAAAGAAAAAUUGGAACCCUAAGGAGAAUGAACUUGUCCUCAAGAUGGUUUUUGAUCAUCCUGAGAAAAAUGAGCCUUGGCCUCCAGACCUAAUAAAGUAAACCUUGUUCCCAUGGAGAACAGCGCUGGCUCCUGAGGACCUGGAGGGCCUGCAGCCGCAGAGGGAUUAGCCAGAAAACAGGCUCGGUUCCUGCACAUAGCCUUCAUUAUGAUUCACACCAACUUGAAGAAAAAAUUCAGCUGCUGCAUCCUGGCCUUCCUCCUGUUUGCAGUCAUCUGUGUGUGGAAGAAAGGGAGCUACUAUGAGGCUGUUAAAUUCCAAGCCGGGGAAUUCCAGAUGUCGAAGAGCCUAGAGGAGCUGGCCUUGGGCUCUGGUUCCCAAUCUUCGUCCUCAAGCGUAAAGGAAGACCAUAAGCUGGAUGUUCAAAUCCUCAGUCGUCUUAAGGUCACCGCCAAGGACAGACAACAGUUGUCCUCCUUCCCAGUGUGGAACAAGAACUCUUCAUACAAGAACGUUGAACCAAGGCUGCAGAAGAUCUGGAAGAAUUACGUGAGCAUGAACAAGUAUAGAGUGUCCUACAAGGGGCCGGGGCCAGGAGUCAAGUUUAGUCCAAAGGCCCUUCGCUGCCACCUUCGAGACCAUGUGAACGUAUCCAUGAUAGGGGCCACAGAUUUUCCCUUCAACGUCCCCGAGUGGGUGAAUUAUCUGCCCAAGGAGGACUUUAGGACCAAGGCUGGGCCGUGGCAUAGGUGUGCUGUCCUCUCCUCUGCAGGCUCUCUCAAGUCCUCCCAGCUGGGCCAAGAGAUUGAUAACCAUGAUGCAGUCCUGAGGUUUAAUGCGGCACCCACCGCCAAUUUCCAACAGGACGUGGGCUCGAAAACUACCAUUCGCCUGGUGAAUUCUCAGUUGGUCACCACAAACCGUCGCUUCCUGGAGGACAGUUUGUACCAUGAAGGAAUCCUAAUUGUGUGGGACCCAUCUGUGUAUCACGCAAAUGUUUCACAGUGGUAUCAGAAGCCAGACUACAAUUUCUUCGAAAAGUACCAGCAGUACCGCAGGCAGAACCCCACCCAGCCCGUCUAUAUCCUCCGGCCUCAGAUGCCAUGGGAACUGUGGGACAUCAUUCAGGAAAUCUCUCCAGAUCAGAUUCAGCCAAACCCCCCAUCCUCCGGCAUGCUGGGAAUCGUCAUCAUGAUGACACUGUGUGACCAGGUGGAUGUCUAUGAGUUCCUCCCAUCCAAGCGCAAGACGGAUGUGUGCUACUAUUACCAGAAGUUCUUCGACAGUGCCUGCACGAUGGGAGCCUACCACCCCCUCCUCUUUGAGAAGAAUAUGGUAAAGCAUCUCAAUGAAGGAACAGAUGAAGACAUCUACUUGCUCGGGAAAGCCACGCUGUCCGGCUUCCGGAACAUUCACUGUUGAGCACUGCGUGCCCC